AUGGCGUCGUCUGCCGAAUCUGCCGCCGCUCCUAUUGAAAACGAAGCUGGGCCAUCCACUUCUCACUCUGUGGAGUCAGGCUCCAAUUUUGAAGAUGACCUCUAUGUGUGCCGGCAUUUAUAUGUGGGCGAAAUAUUGCCUAUGUACAAUUUACCUCGGCUUGUCAGGCAACUGGGAACCCGGGAGCAGUGUUUGGCUUUUGCUGAAGAGCAUGGGCUCAUUUUAGCCAACAAAAUGUGCCGUGUACACCGCCAGCUGAUGCGCCUGGAUUUGACGACUAACACCACAGUUGGGGCCUUUGUAUGUAGCAGAGGGAGCUGUAGAGCCAAGUCCCGUACAUCAAGGGCCACAGGAACAUGGUUCGAGAAAUCAGGGUUGCCAUUGCCAAGGAUAUUUUAUUUAAUAUACUGUUUUGCACAUCGCAAGUCCCACGAAGAGGCCAUAUUCGAUGAUCCUCUUCGUGAUGAAACAAAUACAUGCUUGUCCAGGGCCACCAUCACAGACUGGUACAGUUAUUGUCGAGAAGUUAUUGUAAUUUAUUAUUUAGAGACUCAACAAAUAAAAGGAAAAAUAGGUGGCCCUGGAAAAAUUGUACAAAUUGACGAAAGCAAAUUCGGCCGGCGCAAAUAUAAUAAAGGAAGACGAGUUGAAGGGCACUGGGUCCUAGGAAUGAUUGAAGAUGGAAGCGAGGACUUGCGCUUGGAGGUGUGCCCGGACAAUGUGCGGUCUGCAGAGGUCCUGGUGCCCCUGAUAAAAAAGCACGUGGAAGUGGGCACCACAAUCCACACAGAUUGCUGGCGUGCUUACGAUUGUCUGGCAGAGCACGGCUAUCACCAUAAAAAGGUCAAUCAUAGUGACCCGGACAAUCCAUUCAUUGCAGCAGAUGGGACUCACACUCAACGUAUUGAGUCCCAAUGGCGUGUCGUGAAAAGGUUUUUCUAUAAAGACAAUAAAAACCAUCCCCAAAACUUUGGGGAUGUGAUUGUGGAGUAUUUGUGGAGAAGAAAUAUUAUGAAAAAUAAAAAAGAUCCGUUUAUCCAAUUAAUUGAGGCAAUUAAAUAUAUAUACAAACCUUAA